GUUUGUGUGAGAGUAGGGCGCGGCGAUGGGGAUCAGGAGAUUGCAGUUAGAAAAGAAAAGCGUGAGUGGAAGAUUGAUUUCUCAGGGGAGAAGCCGAAGACUCCUUUAUUGGAUACCAUCAACUAUCCCAUCCACAUGAAGAAUCUAUCCGUUCAUGAUUUAGAACAACUUGCGGCAGAACUAAGAGCCGAGAUAGUGUACACAGUGUCUAGAACCGGGGGGCAUCUGAGCGCUAGUCUUGGAGUGGUGGAGCUUUCUGUGGCAAUUCAUCAUGUCUUCAAUGCUCCUCAUGAUAAGAUCAUCUGGGAUGUCGGCCAUCAGGCAUAUCCGCAUAAAAUUUUGACAGGAAGGAGGUCAAGGAUGUUAACUAUAAGGCAGACAUCUGGGCUUGCAGGUUUCCCGAAAAGGGAAGAGAGCAUCUAUGAUGCUUUUGGGGCUGGUCAUAGCUCUACAAGCAUUUCUGCUGGACUUGGAAUGGCGGUUGGGAGGGAUUUGUUGGGCAAGAAGAACCAUGUCAUCUCUGUGAUUGGAGAUGGAGCCAUGACAGCCGGACAAGCUUAUGAAGCUAUGAACAAUUCAGGUUUCCUCAAUUCCAACCACAUAAUUGUGCUAAAUGAUAACAGGCAAGUAUCUGUGCCGACGGCCACCCUUGAUGGACCUGCAUCACCGGUGGGAGCUCUCAGCAGAGCCCUUUCCAAGCUCCAGGCUAGCACCAAGCUCAGUGAACUCAGGGAAGCUGCGAAGAGCUUGACAGAGCAAAAUGUAGGACAAGCGCAUGAAAUUGCUGCUAAACUGGAUGAAUAUGCAAGAGGAUUGAUUUGCGCCUCAGGAUCUUCACUGUUUGAGGAGCUUGGAAUAUGUUACAUAGGUCCUGUCAACGGCCAUAACGUGGAUGACUUGGUGAAAAUUUUGCAGAAGGUGAAGUCUAUGCCUGCUCCUGGCCCGGUUCUCAUCCAUGUUGUCACUGAGAAAGGAAAGGGAUACCCCCCUGCGGAGGUCGCCGCCGACAAGAUGCAUCGUGUUGUUAAGUUUGAUGCGAGGACGGGGGAACAAGCGAAGCCGAAAAAGGCCACUCUUACAUACUCUCAGUACUUUGCAGAAUCACUUCUAAGGGAAGCUGAAGAGGACAGUAAGAUUGUGGCCAUUCAUGCUGCUAUGGGAGGUGACACAGGACUUAAUUAUUUUCAGAACAAGUUUCCUGAAAGAUGCUUUGAUGUUGGAAUUGCAGAACAGCAUGCUGUGACCUUCGCUGCAGGCCUGGCUACUGAAGGUCUCAAGCCUUUCUGUGCUAUAUAUUCAUCUUUCCUCCAACGAGGCUAUGAUCAGGUGGCACAUGAUGUCGAUUUACAGAAGCUACCCGUCCGCUUCGCAUUGGACCGAGCCGGCCUCGUCGGUGCCGAUGGACCAACCCAUUGCGGAGCUUUCGACAUCACAUACAUGGCUUGCUUGCCAAAUAUGAUCGUCAUGGCCCCAUCUGAUGAAGCCCAGCUCAUGCACAUGGUUGCAACAGCAGCAGCUAUUGAUGACAGACCAAGCUGCUUCAGAUUUCCUCGAGGAAAUGGAGUCGGAGUUCCCCUCCCUACUGGAAACAAAGGCGUUCCUCUUGAGAUUGGAAAGGGGAGAGUUCUCGUCGAAGGAACUCGAGUCGCUAUUCUCGGAUAUGGGUCUAUUGUUCAGAACUGUUUGAAGGCUGCAAAAAGGUUAAGAGAUCACAAUAUUUCGAUAACUGUGGCCGAUGCUCGAUUCUGCAAGCCUCUGGAUGUCGAUCUCAUAAGAAGACUGGCAAAGGAGCAUGAGUUUCUGAUCACAGCUGAAGAAGGAUCUAUUGGAGGUUUUGGGUCUCAUGUUGCUCAUUUCUUAAGCUUGGCUGGUUUCCUUGAUGGGCAUCUCAAGUUGAGAUCAGUGUUUCUUCCAGAUAGAUACAUCGGUCAUGGAUCACCACAGGAUCAGAUUGAUGAAGCAGGGCUGUCUUCGAACCAUAUCGCUGCGACAGCCCUGUCCCUAUUGAACAGGCCAAAAGAAGCUCUGCAGUUGAAGUGAAGGGAAAAAGAAUUUAGAAUCUAACGGUAUGAUCCCAUACUCUAGGUAAUCCCAGUAAAGCCAUUAUUAUACUCUCCUAAGCUUUUGGUUAUUCUGCCUUCGUUUGGUGAGAAUCAUGGGAGACACAGUGUAAGGUGCUUUGUAUGUUUUUUGACGUUUGUAUCUGCUGUAAUAUAAGCAUAGAUCUUGUGUUAGUUGGGAUCAAAAUAAGCCUUUCUAACUGUAUAUUCUUCAUUUGUCUCGGGGUUGUUUGGUUUGCUAUAGAAGUGGUGUACUGUAAACUUUGCUGUAAAUCAAGUACACAAUGAAUUUAUAAAUAAAUAUAUUGGAAAGUUUCUUCA